UUUAUUUUUAAUCUUCUGUUUUUGGAUAGCUUUGGUAUUGAGAGAGGUGGAGAUCCAGUGCUUUUUUGAAUCUGAGAAGGCUUCUUGUGUAUGAUAUAGUUCUGUAUCGUGGAUUUGGAGGGAGAAUGGGGAAAGCUGUGAGGUGGUUGAAGGGGUUGCUGGGGAUAAAGAAAGACAAGGAAUUUCCGGACAAGAAGGUGAAUAAGCGGUGGAGCUUUGGCCGGCUGAGCAGCGAUUCACGGGCGGCGGCGGCGGCUGGGGGCCAGUUUCCGGGGGAUAUGACGCCGGUGAGAUCUUACCUGUCUGACUCCGAGAAGGAGCAGAACAAGCACGCAAUUGCUGUGGCUGCCGCCACCGCAGCCGCGGCUGACGCGGCCAUGGCGGCGGCGCAGGCUGCGGUGGCGGUGGUGAAACUUACCAGCCAAGGCAAAGGUGGUGGAGGAGUGGCGUAUGGGAGGAGGGAGAAGUGCGCUGCUGUCAAAAUUCAAACUUUUUUCAGGGGCUAUUUGGCAAGAAAAGCUUUAAGAGCUCUGAAAGGAAUAGUAAAACUGCAGGCUUUAGUGAGAGGUUAUCUUGUUCGGAAAAGAGCCGCCGCUACUCUGUAUAGUAUGCAAGCUCUCAUCAGAGCUCAGGCGGCCGUCCGAUCACAAAGAGUUCGUCUUUCGUUGAGCAAUGACCCCAGAUUUGUGGCAGACAUUCGAGCCAGAAAGUCCACGGAGAGGUUCGAGCAAUCAAUGAUGAAUGGAAUGGACGAGAGCCCGAGAACAGUGGAAAUCGAUACGUACAAUCUGAAAUCAAGAUCCGGGUGGAGGAUCAGCGCCGGCAUGUCGGAUUCCGGCGACGAUCAGAUGAACUCUCCCCUCCUAAUUUCAACCCCUCCGCCGUGUCGGAUUCCCGGCAGGCUAUCGAUCCCGGACCGGCGCCAUUUGUGCGAUUACGACUGGAGUUUUCUGGGCGACGUCGACUGCAAGUUCCCGACGGCGCAUAACACGCCGCGAGCUAGGGGCUCCGGGCGUUUCAAUGCGCCACCAACGCCCGCGAAGAGCGUCUCCGGGGAGAGCUUGUUCCCGGGUUACAUGGCGAAUACCCAGUCCUUUAACGCGAAGCUGAGGUCUCAUAGCGCGCCGAAACAGAGGCCGGAGACGGGGCAGAAGAAGAAGAGGUUUUCGUUGCCGGAAAUAAUGGCGGCAAGAAGUAGCUUCAGCGGCGUUGGAAUCCACAAGUCUCGUUUUCAAGUUGACCGGGAAUAAAGGUUCUGGGCAAGUUUUGUAUAGAGAAAGUUUAUAUUGUUUCAUAGGGUUUGACUGAAUCUUUAUAUAUUUUCAUGAAAUUUAUGAUAUUGUCUUUGUUUUCUG